AUGGCACAGGAACCCUCCCCAUUGCAACCUGUAUCCGGUAUAGUAAAUGUAGAUGGCCGUGAUUCCUUCUUUAAGACGGCUAUGCGGAUAGAACUUGAGGCUGCGGAGGACACACUCUAUCGACCCUCUACUGCUGGAAAUCUAGAAGAAUCCACUACUGCAGAGGGUCGCGAAGAAAAUCUCAACAUGUCACCGGCACCAAAGUCCGCUCUACCAUUACUUAAAGGAAGUCCACUUCUUCGAGUCAGAAGUUCUUCGCCAAGAACGGUUUCUCCAGAACGUCUGAAUUCACCCUUUUUCCAACGGGCAAGGUCAGGCAUGCGCAGAGAAAAAGUAGAAUCCGCAAUGGGCAUAAGUAAAGUGUUCAACAUGAACAGGAUAGCUAAGGCUCUCGUUGUUAAUCAUAAAACACGACUUCAGAGAUUAGAAGAGGCUGGAAAUAUUACAAGUAAUGCCCCAUUAAAGAAAUUUGAUCCCGAUUCCGUUAAGCCUCAUCUAUUCAAAGUACUCCAAGACAACCUCAGAAACGUCCAAUAUGAUCCCAUAUUGUGCUGUCACUUGUCUCAAUCACUCAGCGAAGAAACGCGAAAUGUUGUCAAGGCGUUGAAGUUUCCAAGGUAUAAAUUUGUUUCCUUGGUUACUAUUGGACAGUCACAAAACUCGACUCUAUCAAUGAGCAGUAGGUCGGUAUGGGACUGUACUACGGAUAACCACGUCUGUGCAGAAUAUAGAAACCAGUCAUUGUAUGCAGUUGCUCUCGUUUUCGCUACGUUCAUGGAUUGAAAUAUUACACGCAUACAUAGAUACAAUCUGUUUAGUGAUUAUUACACGCAUACAUAGAUACAAUCUGUUUAGUGAUUAUUACACUUGUAUAUAUCUCAGUGGCAGAUUUAGACAUUUUUGAACAGGGAAAAGGUGGGAGUAUGGGGGUUGC